UUUCGUUUUUGGGUCUAAGUUUCGUUUCUCUGUAAGCGCGGUCCUCCAGAUCAGCAAGACUGAUAUUUAUAUAUGCUGCUGUAAUAUCUAAUACGGUUCACAAUGCUAAAGAGAGCAAUGUUUCGCUGUGGUCAGCUGUGUUCCCGUGUAUUCGCGGUGGAGUUUGAUUUACGCACCGAACCUCUUUAUUUCACACUGAGCUCAAACCCACAAGUGCUUCAUCAUGCUCAUCAGCAGCUUUUUGCAGAUGAUAAGAAACUCUUCUCGCUGCAUGUCCACAGUGACAACAGAAUUGAGAAAGCGCAAACGCACGCCGAAAUAAAACACAAGCUGUCCCUAACACUUCCGCGAGAUUGCGAUGUUUUUGAAGCGUAUUCUUUUAUACCGGACGUCAAAAAUAGCGUCGUUAAAGGGUUUUUUAUACGAGACAAAUCCACUACAACUCUUGCAGAGGACGUAUUAAAGACGCUGCAGGAGAGUAAAUCAGUAUGUGUGUUUUCGUACAAGCGAGAGGGUCAGUACUACUGGCAGGAGAUGUUGACAACUUGCAAUCAAGUGGAGGAGUCGGUGAGACAGUACAUCACACCUGCAGCAGCAGCAGAGCAUCACCCGUCCACACUCAACAUCAGGAACUCUGAUGUCUUCUACUGUAUGCAUGAAGCCUAUGAAGUUCUUCAGGAGUGCACUGACAUUAUCCCUGAGUCAAAGGAAGUGCUGAAGCUUGUAGACGAACAGUUGGAGACAAGCAGGGGUGAUGGAUUUCCUGUCAUUGUGAUCGAGGGACUGGACGCCACAGGUAAAACUACUCUCACAGAAGCCCUGCGGGAGUCUCUGAAUGCUACUCUGCUGAAAUCUCCUCCCCAGUGCCUGGCUUCUUUCAGACAGCGCUUUGACUCAGAACCACCCCUCAUCCGCAGGGCCUUUUACGCUCUGGGGAACUACAUCACGGCUGCCCACAUCGGAAAAGAAUCCUUGAGGGCUCCUGUCAUAGUGGACAGGUACUGGCACAGCACAGCAGCGUAUGCCAUUGCCACAGCAGUGGGUGGAAGGGUUGAAAACCUCCCAAAACCAGGCUCAGAACUCUACCAGUGGCCAGAAGACCUGCUCAAACCAAACCUGGUGCUGCUCCUCACUGUCAGUCCAGAAGAAAGACUGAGAAGACUCAGGGACAGGGGACAGGACAAGACCGUUGAGGAGGCUGAACUAGAGAUCAAUCAGCUCUUCCGACUUAAAGUGGAGGAAGCUUACAAGAGAAUCCAGAAUCCUGCCUGCAUCAUCGUGGAUGCGAGCCCCUCUCCACAAGAAGUGCUGCAACAAGUGCAGCAUUUAAUUAGGAACAAAUGUCACUUGUAAACAACCAGCUCCCGAGCCACCGAAACAAGAAGCCAUGCAAUCCCUCUGCACGCCACUAGAUGGUAGUGUAGUGUUACGAUUCCACCCCCAGUCAACUCAAGCCACUGUAAGAGCCCCAGUCAGCUGAGCCUGCUGAUUGAAAGGGAGGCUGGUGGCUAACUGCCAGCAUAUAUUUCAGGGCUCGUAUCUGGACAUGUCACAACAUAUUCCCCUUCCCACAGAGCUUUAGCGAUGACACGAGAGGGAAAGUUAUUGCGGGUGCCGUAGCUGGAUGUCAGCUCUCAUACGCAGGGUCACAGCGUCCACUUUCUUCACUCUGACUUAUUCCCAGUGAAACACAGGAACUCAGCUAAAGAGGUUUGAGAAUUCAUCAAUCACUUCAAUUAGAUUUAAACACAAGAACUCAUUGUUGGUCAGCUUCGUGUUCGCUCCUUCAGGAGAUGGAAUCGAGGGACCUUAUGGAGGUAUUAAAAGCAAUAGAUCUGAUACAGGCAAUUUAAACUCGCUUUGAUUUGUUGCUGUUGCUUUUGGACACAGAAUCUGAUCAUUAAUUAAGAGUGAUAUGCUAGGACAAAAAUGUACUCUGUAACUCAGUUUUCAGUUCCAGAUUCCUUAAAGUCUGUUUAUUGUGCUAAAAUAAUCAGCGAAGAAUAAAUUGUAAUCUAAUAGAAAUCUUCCAAAUAUGUUUCUCAGGUUUCGCUUUAUUUUAAACAAACAGUUCACCUAAAAAAUGAAAAAACUGUCAUGAAUGGAACACAUUUGUGUGGUGGAAAAAUAUAAAUCUCAAUAAUAUUAUUUGUGUAACAGACUGAUUUUUCAUUAUUUUUAUUUGUUAUUAUUUUAUUUUAUUUUUUUUUUAUUUUGAUUAAUUAAAUAAUCUUUAUCACUGUCAAAACAUGGCACAAUGUGUUUACAAAUCAUUUGUGAGAUUUCUAUGCAGACAUAUUUCUGCUACAUUAAAAUACAUAAAUAAAUCAAUAAAUAAAAAAAUGCCUUUUUUCUCUCUCACACUUUUUAGCUUGUAUCUUGCAAUUCAUGAGUUUACAAUAUCAAAACAUAUGUAUUUUUUAUGUAUUUAUUUAUUUUUUUUUUUUUUUUUAUUUAAUGGCUAAAGCUUUAGAGCAAUUGUCAAAAACGUAGUCCAUAGUCCAUAUUACAAGCCAUUUUUUUGGCUGAUUUUUCAUUAUUUUAUUUUUAAUUGUUAUUAUUUAUUUAUUUUUAAUGAAUUAAAUAAUCUUUAUAACUGUCAAAACAUGGCACAAUGUGUUUACAAACUGUUUGUGAGAUUUUUGUGGAAACCUAUUUCAAUC